CGGCCCGGCGCGGAGCCGGUGGGUGCCCAGCCCGGCGCUCGGAGCCAGCCCGGCGGCGCGGGCACCCGCCGGCAGCGAUGCCGCUCGCCCAGCUCGCCGAGCCCUGGUCCGACAUGGAGCUGGUCCAUCUGGACCCGGAGAACGGGCAGGCAGCCCCAGAAGAAGGUGGAAAUCUUCCAGCCAAGGUAAAAUCCGACAUCACCUGGAUAGAGAAAGACCUCGUGGACUCAGCAGACAAGGGAGAAGGUGUCGUGCAGGAGUUCAACAUCACACACCAUGUGAAGGAAGGCUCUGAGAAGGCUGAUCCCUCGCAGUUUGAGCUGCUGAAGGUGCUGGGACAGGGCUCCUUUGGCAAGGUUUUCUUGGUGAGAAAAAUAACACCACCAGACAGCAACCACCUCUAUGCUAUGAAAGUGCUUAAGAAGGCAACACUGAAAGUGCGUGAUCGACUAAGGACAAAGAUAGAAAGGGACAUCCUGGCUGAUGUGAACCAUCCCUUUGUGGUGAAACUCCACUAUGCAUUCCAGACAGAGGGGAAGCUGUACCUCAUCUUGGAUUUCCUCAGAGGAGGUGACCUUUUUACUCGGCUUUCCAAAGAGGUCAUGUUCACCGAGGAGGACGUGAAGUUCUACCUGGCGGAGCUGGCGCUGGGACUGGACCAUUUGCACAGCCUGGGGAUCAUAUACAGGGAUCUCAAACCAGAGAACAUCCUCUUGGAUGAAGAAGGGCACAUCAAACUCACAGAUUUUGGCUUGAGUAAGGAGGCCAUAGACCACGAGAAGAAGGCCUACUCCUUCUGUGGGACAGUGGAGUACAUGGCCCCAGAGGUGGUGAAUCGCCAGGGCCACUCACACAGUGCUGACUGGUGGUCCUACGGGGUCCUGAUGUUUGAGAUGCUCACCGGUGCGCUGCCCUUCCAGGGGAAGGACCGUAAGGAGACCAUGACCCUCAUCCUCAAAGCGAAGCUGGGCAUGCCACAGUUCCUGAGUGCUGAGGCGCAGAGCCUCCUGAGAGCCCUGUUCAAGAGGAAUCCAGCCAACAGAUUAGGUUCUGGACCAGAUGGGGCAGAAGAGAUCAAGCGCCAUCCUUUCUACUCCACCAUUGACUGGAACAAGCUGUACCGCAGGGAAAUCAAGCCCCCCUUCAAGCCUGCAGUGGGCCAGCCAGACGACACCUUCUACUUUGACACAGAAUUUACGUCGCGCACGCCGAAAGAUUCCCCGGGCGUCCCCCCCAGCGCGGGGGCCCACCAGCUCUUCCGAGGCUUCAGUUUCGUGGCGACCGGACUGAUGGAGGAUGGCAAGGUGAAACCUGCCCAGCCACCCCUGCAUUCGGUUGUGCAGCAGCUGCACGGCAAGAACGUCCAGUUCAGCGACGGGUACGUGGUGAAGGAGGUGAUCGGCGUCGGCUCCUACUCCGUGUGCAAACGCUGCAUCCACAAAGCCACCAACAUGGAGUACGCAGUCAAGAUGAUUGACAAGAGCAAGCGAGACCCUUCUGAGGAAAUAGAAAUCCUGCUGCGGUACGGGCAGCAUCCAAACAUCAUCACCUUGAAAGAUGUGUACGACGACGGGAAGUUCGUGUACCUGGUGACUGAGCUGAUGAGGGGAGGGGAGCUGCUGGAUAAAAUCCUCAGACAGAAGUUUUUCUCAGAGAGGGAAGCCAGUUCAGUCCUGCACAUGAUCUGUAAAACAGUGGAGUAUCUGCAUUCCCAAGGGGUGGUUCACAGGGACCUGAAGCCCAGCAACAUUCUCUAUGUGGAUAAGUCGGGAAACCCCGAGAGCAUUCGGAUUUGUGACUUUGGCUUUGCCAAGCAGCUGAGGGCUGAGAAUGGGCUGCUCAUGACUCCCUGCUAUACAGCCAACUUUGUGGCACCUGAGGUACUGAAACGCCAGGGCUACGACGAGGGCUGUGACAUCUGGAGCCUGGGGGUUCUCCUGUACACGAUGCUCGCUGGCUGCACUCCCUUUGCAAACGGUCCCAGUGACACUCCAGAAGAGAUCCUGACCCGGAUAGGUGGGGGGAAGUUCUCCAUCAGUGGAGGCAAUUGGGACACUAUUUCUGACAUGGCCAAGGAUUUGGUAUCAAAGAUGCUCCACGUAGAUCCUCACCAGCGUCUCACAGCCAAGCAGGUCCUGCAGCAUCCGUGGAUAACCCAGAAGGACAGCUUACCCCAGAGCCAGCUCAAUCACCAGGACAUUCAGCUUGUAAAGGGUGCAAUGGCUGCCACGUACUCUGCACUGAACAGCUCCAAGCCAAGCCCUCAGCUGAAGCCCAUUGAAUCCUCCAUCCUGGCACAGAGGCGGGUGAAGAAACUUCCCUCCACCACCCUGUGAAGCCGGGCUGGGCUGGGCUGCAGCCACACGGUGCAGGCACACACUGGAUUUUGCACACCUGUGGAAGAUGGGGACAGGGGACAGUCAGUAUCUGCACUGGAGCUCCCUUGGAGGCUUGCUCUCAAAAGGCCAAGUGCCUUCCUGCUCCUGAAAGACUGGCUCCUCCUCGUGUGGACUGAUCUUUGCCGAGAGAACUUCACUGUAAAACUUUUUUGAAGUGUAAAUUGUCAAUUUUUAAAGACAUCCGUGUAUAUGAGAACUAGAGUGUAUAACUGAUGUCAAGUGGCACUAAAAAGCAGCUCUGAUUUCACCCUUCCCUGUGUAGGGCCUGGUAUUUGUCGUUGCUACAGCAUUUCUUGGAAUUGUUCCUCUCCAGCUCCACUGCAGCUGGAAGACUGUACCACAUUUGGGGGUUAGGCUCUGGGGUUUUUCCCUCCUUGAACCUUUGGAUGCCCUUCCCAAAGCCGACCCUGCAGCCUCCCAGCCAGCAGUGCUCUUGUCCUUAAAGGACUUCCCUCCCCUUGACUUUCUGUGUGUGUGUUCCACGUGAGGUCGAUUUUCCAGCCUCUGUUUCUCCCUCUCUCUUACACUCCCCCAGCCCAGCCAGCAGUUCAGUUCUCUGAACAAAAUAAACCACGGGUUUUCCAAACCCUCCCUUAGAUGCUUCACCUGUCCAGAACACCUGCUAGGUUUGGCUCCUUCCUUCCCUCUGCCCUCCCAUCUCUGUUUUCUCCCAUCACCAGAUGGGAGUUUGUCACCUGGGCAGGUGGGGAUGACAACAGAACCUUCUCCUUGGCAAAGCCAAGGCUUUGGGCUGGCUCUGGCUGCUGCUUUUACCAUUUUGGGGUUUUCCUUUCCUGUCAGCAGGAACCUCUGAACAAAACCAUCCUUUGUUUUUUUUUUUUAAUUUAACUUUGUUCUCCAGCUUGGUAACUCAGGGUUUCUUUCUGACUCGUCCAAUAAACGUGUCAUUCAGGUGACUUUACGUUACUGCCUGACUUUUAGCUGCAGAAUCCGCUCGUUUCCCUGCCUUGUGUGGGGACAGUGCUCCUUGCCUGCCUUUUGGGAGAGCUGCAAAGCUUUUCACCCGGCCCUGUGGUGGGAAAACCAGCAGUAGGGCUGCAUCUCAUGCCACCUCCUCUCAGGUGCAACACCUCACUCCGCAGUGGGAAGCGAUUAGAACCGGUCACGGAACGAGGAGCUGGCAGGAUGUGGAAGGGAAUUUCCUACUCUCAGGACAUUUUAGUGCUAAUAGAAACCAACACUUGGAGGCAAACUGUGCUAGAAAUAAAUUCCUGUCCCGUUCUGACUUGCAGGGAAUUGCUGGAGCUCCCUGGUUCCCUGGUGGCAGUUUCCUGGGAGAAGGAGCAGGGUUGCUAAAAGGGCUGCAAACACUCACGAGCUCGAGGAUGUGACUGAAGCCAGCAAAGGUUCUCCUGUGAAUUUCUCCUACUUUUAGCUGAUCAUGUCACAAGAGAGGAAAUUUUCUUUUUUGCUUAGUCCCACUUGGCUUUAAAAUGGAGAAUUCCAUUAAAAGAAUUAUCUGAAAAGUACAGCUCUCUCCUCCUCUACCCUAAUCCAAGCAGGUCCUGGUUUAAUCCCUGGAGCAGCCAGUGAGAAGCUGAAAUAGUCACAAUUUUUUCUUUUUCUCUAUUCCAAGUACAGCCUGAGUGUCCAGUGCUGCUGAGAGGAGGAGGCCAGCACCAGUUCACAGUGGAUCCUCUUACUGGUAUUGCCACUGACCCCAGCAGAGAUGGAUUAAAUGUUUUGCUGAGAUCUGGGGAGGGGGACACCAUUAUCCAAGAUGCCUUCCUUAAACAUACUUGUUUUCACCUCUCUUCCCUACAACUCCACAGUAACUCUUGUGCCAGUGGUGUGCUAAUUUUAGCUAAUUUAAUCUGUUGCAACCAACACAAUAAUUAUAAACAUCUUUCUGGAGCUGAGGUUGAAGUUGGGAUUGAAGUGGACACCUCAGCAGUUUUUCAGAAUACUUCCUACAUUGUAUUUCCAGGGAAGGCCUGGAGUGAUGGAUGGGGCUGGAUAUGUUGGUGGGAAUCAACACUCCCUGUCAGCUUCUUGAUAUGGACCAUCAGGGUCUUCAGCCUUGGGGUUUAGGGGGAAUUAAACCAAAUGUUUGCCCUGCUUGGAAGGUUGUUUGUAUGAAAAUGCCAAUGUUUUCAAAUAUCAGUCAGGAAAAACAUUGUGACCUUUGCUCAAUCCUCCCUGUGCUGUGCUGGUGUGAGGCCAACUGGGGACAACUCAGAGGUGUGUGGGGACAACCGGGUGCAGAGCUCUGUGGGCACGGGGAGAGCAGCCCUUGGCCACGAGAUGAUACCUGGGGCAUCCAACCCCAGUGCCUGGGGCACCAACCCCUCCACCUCACUGGGGUUCUUCAGUCAGAAGAACUUUGUGUUUGGUGCAGCUGUAGCUUCUGGAACCUCCAUCCCUCGGGAGCAGAGAGUGAACAAGAAGAGCUACACCUUCCCCCCUGGGGUGCUUUUACCCACGUUGUUCUGAGUGAUCCAUAAGUAAAAACAAGUCUGGAUUUUUAGUUCCAAAUCAACCAAGUGCUGUUACCUUUUUUAAUUCCAGUGCUCAAUAAAAAUGGACUUGUUGAAUUCUCUGUA